AGUGGUGAUUUCAAGUCUUUAGCCACAGCGAUGAGAACUACAAUCAGUACAAUCCUUGGCCAAUUCCAUUUCUACGGAUGGGUUGAAGAGCAUCGAAUUCUGGCACCCAUCAUGUUCUUCUUCUUCAAUCUCAUUGUGCUUCUAAUAUUGUUGAGUGUCUUUGUAGCACUUCUAAACUUAUCCGUCAGUGUAGUCAAGCAGUCACUCUUACAGCAAAGCAAUGACUUUGAAGUCAUUGAGUAUAUGACGAAACGUAUGCGACUGUGGCUAGGAUGUAAGCCCAAGGAUACAAAUAACCCCGAUGAAGGCAUUGACAGUCCCGCAGUUUCUGCGAUUACCGCUCGAGAUAUUGAAGUCACAGAUACUGGACAGGAAGAGAGUCUCGCAGACAAUCAUUUUGAUGACAAAAUGUGGACAAACAUCGUUCCAUGGCCAAGAAAGCUACAACAAAAGAUGGAUAAAAUCCUCUCUCUUUUGGACAAAAUUUCAGACACUGACAAGAAAAAUUAGAAAGACUUCUGUGUGAAACACAAUCUCUACUGUCAAUCUCACACUGUUAUCAUGUAACGUGAAACACAAGCAUGUAGUACUGUAACUUAUCCCUGGUGCUCUCCUUGCAAACUGUUGCCAUGCAGCUUUGCAUUCAGUUGAGCCAACAGCUACACACUAGCAUUUGGCUACAGUUAUAUUGAUAACUACAUUAGAUAGCAGGAGAAACUGGCCGUAUAUUUGUACAUGUUUCCUGCAGUUUAGAUACGCAUGAUUGACAAAUGAAUCAGGAACACAUAAUCCCAAUGACCAGACAA